UGUGUGUGUGUGUGUGUGUGUGUGUGUGUGUGCGUGCGCUUGCGUGCGUGCGUCUGUAUGUAUGUGUGUAUGACACAGACAUUUGCAUAUCAGAGAUCCACCCACCUCAGACAGAGGUAAAAGUAUUUUGACUUCAUGCUUCCAGACAAUAUUUGAAGGACAACACAGAGAGAUGUGGUAAACUUCCUUAAUGUUGACUGAUUUUUAAAGCAAGGGCAUAAUCAAAGAUGCAAUGUAAUUGCCAUCGUGGACUGAGGCGACGCCCAAGCUAGAGACUGAACGCUAUAACACCCGCACCAGCCAUCAACAGUCAUGAAGUCCUCCAUCAUACAACGUGCUGCGCCAGGGAAUACCUUCUCCCAGUUGAAAGCUGGGCCUGUGCCUUCGCCAAGGUACAGAAUCAACAACAAAUUUGAAUCCAUGGACACUGUGAAAAACAACUACCCCGCUGACUACACGAACCAAUGUCCUGUUCGUUCACCUCCCGAGCCACCAAAAGAUUUUUAUGUGGAUGCCAUUCAUCGAAAAAUAGCAGUCAAUAAUCCAACGUCAAUUACAGAGGAACCUAUAAAGCUUCCAGCUCUCUAUCACAGAGAACUACCGCCUCCUCCUCCACCUCGACCUCCUCUGGCCAACGUCAAUAUAAGACAAACUUCAUCUCAGCGGAAAUUUGAGCUCAGACCCCUCCCAACAAUUUGUGGUCUGCCUCCCGGCUCUUCAGUAAUGUCACCAACGGAGCCCUUGUACAUCGAGCUAGAGGAGCCUCGCUACUUGGAAAUUCUACCAUCAGAAAACGAUAUCACAGAUAUCCAGGAGCUAGUAAAAUGGAUGCGAAAACUUUCAAAGACUGCUCAAAUUCCUCCAACCUUGUAUGGACUCAGUACGGAGGAAGAAAUAAGAUCACUUCACCAGAGAACUACGAAUACUGACGCAGGUCCUUCGUCUCUUCAAUGUUCUCAUGAUACAGCGUAGUCAACAUCUGCGAGACUAUAUUUUGGAGUUUUGUUCCAUCUCGGAGCUUUUGGAAAAAGCCGACAAAAAUGUCAAACGUAUGGGUAUUGCUGGAGGCACCACAGGUGCAGUGGGGGGAGUGGCCGCAGUGGUUGGGAUAGCCUUGGCACCCGCAACCAUGGGGGCCUCGCUGGUCGUUGCAGCUGCAGGUGUUGUUAUGGUAGGGGCAGCAGGAGGAAUGGGUGUCCGUGCUUCUAAGCCCAACAAGAAGAUUGAAGACAGAAAAAUGAUAGAGAAACUUGUCAAUGAUUACAUGUUGGAUGUUGCUGAUAUAGAACGGUGUCUGAAUUUGAUCCUCUCUGAGAUAAAGGAGCUGCAAAGGCACGAUCUUGUGAGGUUAUAUCAGGCUGGAGCUCUGCCCGAGACAUUGACAGUGGCACAAAAGUUACAGUCUGUGAUAAAUAACAUAACAAAUGGUAGAAAUAAUGUCUACAGAAGUGGAACUUCUUCUGUGAUGCUGCUCAAUGCCUUUGUCACAGAAAUGGAUCAGUAUUUUAAGGAAAAGGGUAGAAAGAAAAAGCUAAAGAAGUCCAAUAAGAGCAAACUCUCAGCCAGAAUUCAACUGCUUGCUCGAAAUCUUCAGGAGGAGCUUGAGUAUGUGAAUUUUGUGUGGAAAUGUGCAGUGAUAUGAAAAAAAUAAAAAUAAAAACCACAUACGUACAGUAUUUGAUUUUAUUAUCCACUUGAUACUCUUUUCGUCUGAGAGGUGUUGCAUGAGGAUUAAAAUACAGUUUUUGUUUUAACAGUAUUUGAUUUCAUAUCUCAUCAAAUUAUUAAUUGGUGUCUUUUGUGUUGAUGUUGUUUACUUGUUUAACUCUGUAGCAUGUAUUUUAGGUAAAUACCAUAUCAAUGAAUCAUGUGUAACUACUGUAUUGAUGAAGCCAUCCAUCCAUCCAUCCAUCUUCCGCUUAUCUGAGGUCGGGUCGGAGGGCAGCAGCUCGAGCAGGGCAGCCCAGACCUCCCUCUCCCCAGCCACUUUGUCCAGCUCUUCCGGGGGGAUCCCGAGGCGUUCACAGCCCAGCCGAGAGACAUAGUCUCUCCAGCGUGUCCGGGGUCGUCCCCGGGGACUCCUCCCGGUGGGUCAUAUCUGGAACACCUCACCAGGGAGGCGUCCAGGCGGCAUCCAAUCCAGAUGCCUGAGCCACCUCAUCUAGAUCCUCUCAAUGUAGAGGAGCAGCGGCUCGACUCUGAGCCCAUCCCGGAUGACCGAGCUUCUCACUCAAUCUCUAAGGGAGAGCCCGGACACCCUACGGAGGAAGCUUGCAUCUGUGAUCUUGUUCUUUCGGUCACAAAACGCAGCUCGUGACCACAGAUGGAUACAGAGACCGCAUUACUGCAGAUGCUGCACCAGUCCGCUCUUCGACUGCCCGCUCCGUUCUUCCCUCACUCGUGAACAAGACCCCCGAGAUAGUUGACCUCCUCCACUUGGGGCAGGACACAGUCAAGCACCUUCUUCAAGUCCACAAAGCACAUGUAGACUGGUUGGGCGAACUACCAUGGACCCUGAAGCACCCUGAUGAGGGUGUUGCGCUGGUCUGCUGGUCCACUGUUCCACAGCCAGGACGAAAACCACAUUGCUCCUCCUGAAUAUGAGAUUUGACUUCCAGAUGGAACCUCCUCUCCUUACUCUUACCUUUUACUUAAGUACAGGAAUUGAGUCAGUACUACUACUUUUACCAUUUUUUAAACAACUGUUUGUAAUAAAUGACUUUCAUAUGAAGUAUGUAAUUGUAACAAGUACAUUACAGAAAUGUGGAAAUGCACAUUCUCGAUUAUAUUGCAAAAACAUCUUUACAUUCUCAUAUCAGCAGACUAAGUUAGCAAAACAUCUUCUGAUAGUAUAUUCAAUUCCCUUAGACUGUCGAUACCAUA